UUAUGCUUCAUCUAGAAAUAGAAGUAUAAUCUUUGCAGUUCUUUAUUGAAAAAUAUACAGAAUAAUGUAAAAUAGUCAUAGUUGGUGGUAAAUUGCAAAUCUUAUGAAUAGCCGAUGAAUCUAAAAUAAUGACGUCUAAGAUAUUAAGUCAAUGUUCUAGUGUUUAAGAUAUUAAUGAAGUAGUUGAAUUUGAUUUUUAUUAUACUGAAAACCAAUAUGUAAAUUUUAUAAAUCAUAUCUAGUUAAAAAUAAUGGUCUAAGAUAGCAAAGUAUGCUAUGGAGAAGCAAUUCUGAACUUAGGUUUUUAUAUUGAAAACAAUUUACCUUUGGUUAUUGAUAAAAUUCCUAUUCAUAAUAGAAAUGACUAUGAAGCUCAUAUUUAAGUAGGAUUGGCAUGGAACUAAUUAAAUUAAGGUGAAUAUAAAAGAGUUGGAAACAAUAGAUUGUAUAAAAUAUUUAUGAAAUUUAGUAAACAUAAUUAAGAAAUAAAAAAAGGUGAAGAAUGGUUAAAAUAAAAGAGAGAAUGUCAACAUUCACCAAUAUAAGAAAGAGGAGAAAAUAUGAUGCAUAAUAGAGAGGACACUUUAAAGAAAUAUUAGGAACAAACAAUCAAUUUUGAAAAUAAUGUAAAACAUCAAGAAAUAGAUAAACUAAAUGAAGUUGAAGUAAAUUCAAAAAGAUAAUAAACUGUAAGAAUCUAGAAAAUUAGUUUAUUAUAAUAAAAAUCUAAAGAGGAAAAAUGUGAAUAUGAUUGUCCAACAGCAUCAAGAGAAAAUAAAUUUGUUGUUCCAGGCAAAAAUAGAACUAAAUAAAUACAAAAUAAUGAAGAAAUAUUAAGAGGAUCAACUAAACCUAAAGCUAAUCCUAAAAAAAUAGAUUAAUUUGAUAAUUUGAAUUCAAGACCAACUUAAAAUGAAUAAGCUUUAUUAUUAUCUUGUAGAUAAUUAGAGAGUAUAGAAUAGGAUGAAAGUUCAUUAUAAAUUUAGAAUCAUAUCUUAAAAAAUUAGAAUAAAUAAAUGAAAUAAUAAAAUGAAAAAUUGUAAGAAUAAAUUAAGAAGUCUGAAGCUGCAUUUACUCUAUUAUCAGAAACAUAUGCUAUUCUAUAAUCUGAUUAUAAAAGAAUGUAAAUUCAAAGCUUUAAUAGUAAUUUUACUAAUUCAUUUAUUCAUGAAUUAAAUAAUGUAUAAGAUAAGAACAGUAAGGAAUUUUAAUAAAUUAAAAAAGAGUGUGAAAUUCUAAAAAAAGAGAUUGAGAUUCUAAUUAAAGAGAAUGAUAUUCUAAAGGAUGAGAAAGAUUAAUUGAAUAAAAAAUAAACUUAAGAAAUAUCUAAAUUGAAUGAAGAAUUAAUGACAAUAAAAAACAUUGUGAAAGAGUAAGAAACAGAAAAGAUCUAACUAUAAAAAUAUAUUGAAUCUUAUAAAAAUUCAUUGACUAAUAAAUAAUAUUGUAUUUGCCUAUAAAAAGAUGAACAUAGAAUUAAUAGAGAUAAACUCUUGUUUAGUACAAAUAUUUGUGUAGAAACUAUUUAAUCAGUAAAUGAUGAGAACGUAGGUACUAAUUGUCCAAAAGGUUAAGUAGAUAAUUUCUUAAAGAAUGAAGGAAGACAGAAGUAAUAUAAAAUUUACAACUUAGAUUUAAUUAAUUAUCACAUGUAGAAUUACAAUAAUUAGUAUUUGAAUAUUUAAAGGAAUUAUAAAUAACUUAAAAAGAAAAUCAAUAAUUAGGUAUGAAUGAAAUAUUAAUAAUAGUACUUAAAUCUAAGAAAGAUUAGAUAAGACUGGAGAGUUUUCAAAAAGAACUUGAAAUAACUAAAGUAAUAAUAAAUUUAAUAAUUUAAUAGAGGAUUGUAAAGUUAAGCGAACAAAGAUGUAGCUCAAUAGAACAUUAAAUAGUACAAUUAGAGAAGGCUGUACUUAAUGGCAAAUAAAAUAUUGCUGAUAUGAUAAAUGCAGUGAUGGAAUGUGGAGGAUAAAAACUAUAUGAUCAAGUAGAAAGAUGUUUGGCCUUUAGAAGAAGUUUAAAAUUAGAUUGAAUUUUACACUAAAUAUGAC